AUGUUGGGUAAACUUGUUGCUUCAUACAAUGACAUUCUCCAGGGUAUUGGAAAAUUGAAAGGAGUGAAGGUGACACUUCAUAUUGAUGAGACUGUAAAGCCAGUGGCCCAGAAGCACAAAAGGGUACCAUUCCAUUUAGGAGAUAAAGUCGAAGCCGAACUGUCACGUCUUGAAGAGGCAGGUAUCAAUGAGACAGUAGAUUCUGCCACUGAUUGGAUUUCACCAAUAGUGAUAGCUCCAAAGAAGGACUCAAACGAAAUCAGAAUGUGUGUGGUUAAGGUUGAACCUAACCGGGCUAUUAAGAGGACCCGGCAUGUUAUUCCAACAGUAGAAUAGCUAAGACAUGACCUCAAUGGAGCUAAGAUAUUUUCUAAGUUGGACUUAACUAAUGGCUUCCAUCAGUUAGAGUUAGACGAAGAAAGCAAAGGCAUUACAACAUUCUCAACUCAUGUGGGACUGAGACGCUAUUGUCGAUUAAAUUUUGGGACAAAUUCAGCUCCAGAUAUUUUCCACCUGAAGAUGACCACUACCGUGCUCUCAGUGCUACUUUUCAACGUCUCCGUGAAUCUGGUUUGACACUAAAGCGAAGUACGUGCGAAUUUGGAAAAACUUCCAUUAUGUUUUUUGGACUAGUUUUCUCUGAUCAAGGCAUCAGCACUGAUCCUGAGAAGGUGGAAGCCCUUCAACAUCUUUCAGCCCCAAGUAACCAGGCAGAGUUAAGGUCAUUCCUGGGCAUGGCCAAUUAUUCAUCUCAGUUCAUACACAACUAUGCAACUAUAGUUGCCCCGCUGCGUGAUUUGACACGGAAGAAUGUACGUUGGUCGUGGACCCGAAACACCAGAAAUAUUUUGAAGCGAUAAAGGAGAACUUACGUAAGACAGCAUUGCUGAACUAUUAUGAUCCUAGCCUGAAAACAACGGUGGUAUGUGAUGGCUCGCCAGUUAAGUGCUAUGCUUGUCCAGUAUGACGCUAGGACACAGAAACCCCGAGUUGUCACGUAUUCAAGCCGAUCUCUGACCGAUGUAGAAAGACGAUAUGGCCACAUUGAGCGAGAGUCCCUGGCCAUACAGUAUGGAUGCCUUAGAAAGAGAUUUACUUUCUAGGUAGAGAGUUCGAGGUAAUUACAGAUCAUAAACCUUGGUCAGCCUUUACAACAGUCCACGUCGAGCAGGUCCUUUCCGAUUCGAGCGCAUGCGUUUAAAGCUUUUCAUUUAAGGUUGUAUACCAGCCUGGUAAAUUGAAUCCUGCAGAUUACACCUCAAGACAACCCCUACCAUUGUCUCGAUGUUCAAAACGAGAGUUGAAAGAAUCGGCAGAACUAGAAGCGCACGUCAAUUGGGUUGUUACUAAUGACGUUCCUCCAUCUCUAAAGAUCAAAGAAAUUCGUUCGGCGACCCAUCGCGAUCCAGUCCUCUGCGAUCUUUACAAGAUUAUCGAGAAUCAACAUGGUGCAAAAUUUGAUGGUGCAAAAUUUAGACAAUAUAGAAAUGUAGCAGAAGAACUCUCUAUCGCAAAAGGGGUCAUAUUGAGAUUUGAGAGGUAA